AAAAAACCGUUGCUUAGUAACCAACGUUGUUUAGAAAAAAUCGUACACAAUUGUAAAAACUUGGUUCCCCUUUUAACAGAAAACACACAUAAAUCCAAAUAGAAAAUGCGAGAAAUCGUACACAUUCAAGCAGGUCAAUGUGGUAAUCAAAUAGGAGCAAAGUUCUGGGAAGUAAUUUCCGAUGAACAUGGCAUUGAUCCGACCGGAACAUAUCACGGAGAUUCUGACUUACAACUUGAACGCAUAAACGUUUACUACAAUGAGGCCACUGGUGGAAAAUACGUUCCCAGAGCAGUGCUGGUGGAUUUGGAACCUGGAACUAUGGACUCUGUUCGUUCGGGUCCUUUCGGUCAGAUAUUCAGACCAGACAAUUUUGUAUUCGGUCAAAGCGGGGCUGGAAACAACUGGGCAAAAGGACAUUACACAGAAGGCGCUGAAUUGGUCGACUCUGUUCUGGAUGUCGUCCGUAAAGAAGCAGAAGGCUGUGACUGUAUGCAGGGUUUUCAGUUGACUCACUCUCUGGGAGGAGGUACAGGAUCGGGUCUAGGCACACUACUGAUCUCAAAAAUCCGAGAGGAAUAUCCCGAUAGGAUUAUGAAUACGUUUUCUGUUGUACCUUCGCCCAAAGUGUCAGAUACUGUAGUCGAACCUUACAAUGCAACCCUUUCAGUACAUCAACUGGUGGAAAACACAGACGAAACAUAUUGCAUCGACAAUGAAGCCCUUUACGAUAUAUGCUUUAGAACCUUAAAACUGACCACCCCUACUUAUGGCGACUUGAACCAUUUAGUAUCUGCUACCAUGUCUGGUGUGACCACUUGCUUGCGUUUCCCUGGUCAACUCAAUUCAGAUUUGCGUAAAUUGGCUGUGAAUAUGGUACCUUUUCCUCGUCUGCAUUUCUUCAUGCCUGGUUUUGCUCCUCUCACUUCUCGCGGAAGUCAACAGUAUAGGGCGCUCACUGUUCCAGAAUUGGUUCUCCAGAUGUUCGAUGCCAAAAACAUGAUGGCCGCCUGUGAUCCAAGGCACGGAAGAUAUUUAACGGUAGCGGCUAUUUUCAGGGGGAGAAUGUCGAUGAAAGAAGUUGACGAACAGAUGCUCAACAUCCAGAAUAAGAACAGUAGUUAUUUCGUCGAAUGGAUUCCUAAUAAUGUUAAGACAGCGGUGUGUGAUAUUCCCCCUAGAGGCUUGAAGAUGUCCUCGACUUUCAUUGGUAAUUCCACUUGCAUUCAAGAGUUAUUCAAAAGAAUUUCCGAACAGUUCACCGCGAUGUUCAGGAGGAAGGCCUUCUUGCAUUGGUACACUGGCGAAGGUAUGGAUGAGAUGGAAUUCACAGAAGCUGAGAGCAACAUGAACGAUUUAGUAUCAGAAUAUCAGCAAUACCAAGAAGCGACUGCCGAGGAAGAAGGCGAAUUCGACGAGGAAGAAGAAGCUGACGAGGGCGAAUAAAUGCUACACUAUUUUUAAAAUUUUCAGGUUUUCUUCAAAAUACCCAGUUUUAGUUCGGUUUUAUGUGAUUUCAUGGCGUGAAUUAUCUCCCCGUCAUUGGCAAUUUUCGGCAUUAAAAAUGAUUUUAUUUAUACAUUUGAAAGACACGUUUGGAUUUAUCCUGAUAAUACCUAUAUUGUUCAUUUUAUUGUAUAUUGAUAUGUGAGUAAACAUUUGGUUUUUGA